AUCAUUCACGCGCUUGAGUGAAAGAAGAUGGAAGACAUUUCUUUGGACGAAGUGAUACGUCGACGCGGUUUCAACAACAAAGAAACAGUUAAAAUGUAUUAAUUUAGCAAUUUAUGAGUUUGAAUGCAAUUUAUGAACGGUAUGCCUUGAGUUGUAUCAUUCAACGUAAUGAAAAAAAUAAUUUUCCAGAAAGCCUAGGCUAUUUCAAUUCCUCAGCGGUCCUGUUCAAGGCCUGUAGUCGCCGUUGGAUUAGCUACUAUAUCGUUUCACUUCAGUAACUGAUUUCCCUAAUAUCAACGAACCAAAUACGCACAGCUAGCUAUUUAUCAGGGCUCCGUUUAACUAGUUAGCUAACAAGGUAAAAAAUAAUGUUUUAUCAGCAUUUGAUGACGGUAAGUUAGCUAUCGUAAGGUUAACAGGUCGCUGGAAUGUACGUUAGGUAGUUAGCUAUAAACUAACCAUGGUUACACACGCGAAAACGCAUAGCUAGCUAGUUAGUAUACCUAUAGAUAUGGUACAGAGCGCGAGAACCUCUACCUAGAGCCAUAUGUAGUCAACUAGUUGUAGCCUAGUCCUCCAUGAUCUAAUAUUCACAUUUUGGAAAACACAAGGAGCGCAUAUCGGAACAGCUAACGUUAUACUAUUUUUUUCGCUUUGAGUAUACCUAGAGAGCCAUACUGAAUGUAUGGCUUAAUCAAAUAAUAUAGCUGGUCUUAUACGCGCUAAAUGUGGAUAUUAGAUCAUGUAGGAUUAGGCUACAACUAGUUGACUACCAAUGUCGACCUCUUGUCUUUCAGGCCUAUGUUCGGCAGGGGUGCAGGAGGGGUCGGGAGGACCUUUGAUGCUCGACAGAAAAUUGGGAUGACGGAUGUCAGACAGAGACUUGGUGGAGGAGGGGGACCCGGUAACCAAAAAACAGACCUGGAUACAUUUUCAAUAGUAUCAAAUAUUCAAUGGAAUUACUUUGUUGGAACUCAAACAAUUAUUUAAUUCUGAACUUCUUUUGGAGCGAUGCUCAAGCUUUCCAAGUGAAGGAUGCAAGAGAGAAACUUGGCCAGAAAGAUGCCCGCUUUCGAAUCCGUGGCGGAGGAGGAGCAGGUGGGGUCCAGGAUGCCCGACAGAUGAUCAACUCACGGAAAGGAGGACAGAAUACAUUUAAUGUUACCCCACAGAGUUUACAGCAGAUACCAGCAGCACAGCUACAGACACAUGUGCAGCAGAUACAGAUACACACUACCAAUGACAUUGCCAGUGCAAAUGCCAGGCAGUUUACCCCCAACCUACAAGGAAUGAACAUUAGAGCUGGGGUUACGCCACAGCUGGGGGGUGCACCUAACAGGAUGAUGGAUGCUCGUGAUAGGCUGAGCCUCAAGAGGAGCAUUGGAGCUCCACCAAGCCCAGGAAUGGUGGCACCCAUGAAGAUCACCAAAACCAUCCAGCAGCAAAGGCCGGUAGGGAUGUCAAGUGGGAUCCAUAUGAACAUGCCAAGCAGGGGUUCCCAGUCUUUCUCAGGUGAUGAUGAUAUCCCUAGCAAACAGAUGAAGACGACUACUGGCAACCACAUGCUACAGUCACGGCCUGGUACCCUGGGCUGCCCUUUCACUAUGUCAGCCCCCAUCACUAAAGUAGUCAAAAACGAUGCGUACACCGCUCCUCGUCCCCCAGUGCCUGUGGCACCCACAAGGCCCAACCCUAGUGUAGGGGCCUCCCGCUCCUCUGCUCUCGCCUUACAGCCCAUCUCCAGGACCCUCAGGCAGGCAGGGCCCACAGCGGAGACCAGCUCCCAGCCUCCUCCACCCCCACAGCCUACCUUCAGUCCUCUGGAGGGGACUAAGAUAACAGUGAAUAAUCUGCACCCCCGUGUCACUGAAGAGGACAUAGUGGAGCUGUUCUGUGUGUGCGGUGCCUUGAAGCGAGCGAGGCUGGUGAAGGUGGGGAUUGCUGAAGUGGUGUUUGUGAGGAAGGAGGACGCUGUGAGCGCCUAUAGGAAAUACAACAACCGCUGUCUGGAUGGCCAGCCCAUGAAGUGCAAUCUUCACAUACAGGGGAAUGUCAUCACUUCAGACCAGCCCAUUCUUUUGAGGCUCAGUGACACUCCAGGCAGUGGAAGGAAAGAAGGCCUGCCCCUCUCUUUGUCUCGCCCCGGGGGUCGUCCAGCCUCCUCUCAGCCCACACCUGAGGUGGAUCCCCAGACCAUCCUCAAGGCCCUGUUCAAAUCUACUGUCCAGAACCCCUCUACCACAGAGUCUCCUGGUUCACAGUGCACAGCCUUCCGCAUUAAGAUAUAACUUUCUAGUACAUCCACACAACAAAUAAUACAUCCACCCUCCUGUUUGACAGAGACGUCCACUGACAUGAUCAAAUAGCAUGAUACUGUAUUUGUAUAACUUUGACAGAUCAUUGGCAGGUUGUAACAUCUCAAAUUAACACACUGAUGCCGUCGUCCAGAUUUUUAGGAAAGAAAAAUAUUUGUAGCCGUGGCAUACUACAUAGAUGCAUGUCUCAUAACGGACCAAUGUGAGGCAGUCUGAUUUGUUCAUUUAUUGUUUUAAUCAAAUUUGGUGGGGGGAUAAACUGGACAGUUGUGGGUAUUUUUUGUAUCACAUGGUUCACUUUUACAACUGUUCAAAUAGUUCACAUUGAACACCCCUCUUGGAAUCAUGAUGUUUUGUGCUGGUUGGAGUCCCCCCCCAACCAAUGGUCUCACUAUGACCUGAUGCACGAACUCAUGAAGAUACUUGUACUGUGAACUACAGGCAGCAGUGGUUCUUGUACUGGACAUAAUACACAUUUUUAUUUCAGAAUGACUUGUACACAUGCUCGUAUUUUGUUGUGGUAUUUGGUUUGCUGUUCUUUUUGUGGCAUUCAGGUUCUAUGCUUAUUUGUGGCUGUUAUUUUACUUUUUAUUGCUUUUUGUGCAGCUUAGAGAAGUCAUGCUAAUUUGCUCAACUUAUGUUCAACUGUCUGUAAAUUGCUUUUUACAGCUGCCUUUUAUGUCAGUCAUGAAGAUAUGGUAGUGAGGUCAGAUCUAUGUACAAGUUAAUUACUGCCAAUAAAUAUGUUGCUUUAUAAAGACGUG